ACGUUAUUCCAAACUUUUUGCCGCCACUGUAUGUUAAAAAGCUUUUCUUCUUUUUCUUCUUCUUCUAUUUAAAUGGCGAUGCAUUACAGCCACAUACUAUUGAGCCAGAAAGAAACACUGAACUUUUGACCCUGACCAAGAUAAUAUUUACAGGUCCCUUCCUCUCUCAAAAAUAAAAAUAAAAUAAAAUAAAUAAUUUUACCAAAGUAAGAAUUGUGACAUCAAAAUAUUUUGUAAUCUUUAUGUCUUAGUGAUUUUUAUCAAGUUAUUUUUAAUAUAUUUUAAGUAAUAUUUUUAGUAAAAUAUUGUAAAUUAUUUUAAGUGAUCCUGGAAGUUUGCUGAGGCCCAUGGUUGACCACACGCUGACUUUAAAUUGGACAACAUUUUCUUUUAAUUUCUUUCUCUUUUUUUUUUUCUUUUUUUUCAGGAAUUUUAGCUUUUAAUGAGAAUUGUAUUGAACUUCUAACUUUAAAAAAAAAAUGUAUAUCAAAAUAACAUUGAACUCAGCAUAGAUCAAACAAAUGACAAAAAUAGACAAAAAUCACAUAACUGACAUCUGUUUUUGACUUGUCUGCUCAAUAAAAUAAAAUAAAAUAAAAUAAAGCUUUGACCAGCAGAUGUCAUCUGCGUGCGGUGGUUCGAAAAAGAGAAUAAUUUUGCGAAGCAGAAGGAUAAAUUGUGAUUAGAAGUUUUGUGAUUAGAAGUUUAAGAAAGCUGCCUUUCUCUCAUCAUUAAUGUUAAAGUGAAGAGCGCCGUUAAAAUAAAUACAUCUUUAAAAAAACAGUUCAACGUUUCACAUAUGUACAAAGCAACGCGUGACAGGGACGUCAUAAGACCUGCGCAUCGGGUUUCAGGAUGCUGUUUUUCAGUUGGAUACAAAAAUGGUUUUCGUUUUGAGCGCUUCAGCAUUUCUGGAGUGUAACAGAUAUACAAUUUCAAAGGUGCUUUUAAGUUUUAACAAAUGUGCUCUAACAGCAUGAUAAUAUUACUGAAACCAGUUCGCGCUAGUAAUGUUAAAUGAUGUAGAUUAUCAGCGGAUGUGCCGACAGUUUUCUCUCGUUAAUGGUGGAACAUUUAUGAGUGUCAUUUUUGUGCGAGUAAAGCGCAUCUACAAGUGACGGCCAGAGAGAUUGAUUUAGCCUUUUAUUUUAUUCCCAUUGAUUGUUAUCAUCAUCAUCUUAAACGUGACUAAAACAAGCAAGCAUGAAACUGAGAUCUGCUUGACGUACUGUUGUAAAGAUGGAGUUUAUUAAAGAGGAGGGUGAAGAAUCAUACAGAUUGAAAAAUGAAGAUACUGAGGAACAAAGAGACCUGAUGGAAGUGAAAGAGGAAAGUCAAGAACUAAAUGAAGUGAAGGAGAAACAUCCGGAACCUGCUAAUGUCGCAAGUGGAGAAAAAUCUUCUAGCUGCCCAGAGACUGAAAAGAAUCUAUCACAAAAAAGAGCAGAACCCAAAAAUUUCACCUGCCCUCAGUGUGGAAAGAGUUUCACACGUAUAGGACAUCUUAUGGAUCACAUGAAAAUUCACACAGGUGAGAAGCCUUACACGUGUCCUCAAUGUGAAAAGAGUUUCACGUGUAAAGGAAGCCUUAAAGAUCACUUUCGAAUUCACACUGGUGAGAAGCCUUUCACCUGCCCUCAGUGCAAAAAGAGCUUCAUAAAUUCAGGAGGCCUUAAGAGGCACAUAAGAAUUCACACCGGUGAAAGACCUUUCACCUGCUCUCAGUGUGGAAAGAGUUUCCCAAAUUCAGCAGAACUUAAGAGGCACAAUAAAACUCACUCUGUCGAGAGGCCUUUCACCUGUCCUCAAUGUGGAAAGAGUUACAAACUAAAAGGAGUUCUCAAGGAACAUGUAAAAAUUCACUCUGGAGAGAGGCCUUUUUCAUGCAUGUUGUGUGGGAAGAGUUUCGCACAACAAAGUACCCUAAAAUGUCACAUGAAAGUUCAUUCCGGAGAGAAACUACACCAAUGUUCUGAGUGUGGCAGGAGGUUUUCAGAGGCUAGCAAUCUAAAAACUCAUCUGCUCUCUCACUCAGGAGAAAGGCCGUUUAAAUGUGAUCAGUGCGAGAAAACUUUUUUUGUGGCAGUUCACUUGAAGACACACAUGAGGAUUCAUGAAGAUGAGAAGCCUUACAUGUGUUCUUUUUGUGGAAAAACUUUUUUAUGGCUGCAUGGUUUUAAAGACCAUUUGAAAACACAUAUUGGUGAGAAAGUGCAUGUGUGCACUGAGUGUGGGAAGUCCUUCAUUAGAGCUGCUGAAUUGAAAGUGCAUGAAAGAACCCAUACUGGAGAGAAACCUUACAAGUGUUCAUACUGUGAAAAGAGUUUCACUCAGUCUUCAGGCCUGAAAGCACAUGAAAGAGUGCAUACUGGAGAGAGGCCGUACCUCUGCCCUUCAUGUGGGAAGACUUUCAGCCGAUAUGGUAAUCUAGGAAAACACUUAAAAAACGCUUGCCCAAAGUUGUCACAAUGAGAACAGUUCACCGCCAAGUCCAACACUUGGAUGGAAUUUCUAACAAAAAACUAAUUUGGAAAAAAAAAAACACAUAAAUGAUUAUCAAAGCCAAAAUAUUAAAUAACUUGAAUUUAUGCUUACUGAGUAAUCUAAUAUUUUGUUAAAGGGGGUCAAAAAUGAAAAAUUUGCCUAUGAUUUGAAGCAAAACUACAAGUAAAACACCUAGAAAGGUGUCUUUAUUUCAGUUUUACACAGGGGUUUAUUGUUAAACUGUUUCUGUUUUUUAUUUCCGAGUACUCCAUUCAAAAAAUAAGGCUGGACAUAGAAAUGCAUCAAUUCUUCGACAACAAACUCUUCAGACAUGUUUAGUAAGUUCUGUUCUCUGUUUUGUGUGCAGCUGUAUUGUGUUCUUUUGUCACAAUCGCAGUUUUUAGAUAAAACGAGUUUUCGCUUGAAUGCCCCAAUGUCGUGAGGAGGCUGUGUGAACUGUUGCUCUCGUGCCCUAUCAUGAAUGCACACAGGAGAUCAACGGUCAGUGAACAUUUUCACUAAAUAAUACAUUCGAUUUCGGUUUGUUUCUCAACAAAACUUAUCGUAUACUUUCAUAACAAUCAGGAGUCUCAUGAAAUAAUUUAUUAGACGUCUGAAUUAUACUUUUGUUGUUUUGAGGCUAGAAGAGGUGGUCACUAUAAACUUCCCUUUGUGUUAAGAAAAAGAAAGAAAGUCAUAUAGGGUUAUAACAACACAGUAAACAAUGAAUGAAUUUAAAUUUUUGGGGUUAACUAUCCCUUUAACUUGUAUUGAACCUAGAAUAUUGCUUUAAUACACUAUUAUUCAAACAAUGCAAUACUUACAGUAUACAGUAUAUGUCGUUUUUGGAUCUGCAAAGCUCUGGAAUGCAUAUUUAUCUUUUGAAUGACCUCUUCAUCAAAGUAAUAAUGUCUACCAGUGGUGGUUGAAGUCACAGAAAAAUGACACAGAAUGUGGCUGACUGGUUGCACUCAUCAGCACAUCUUGGCCACUUGAAUGAUCUGGAAGUGCCUGCUUGGGUCAUGCAAGGACAAGAGAUCAUCCUGCUGCUCAUCAUCACUCCACAAUGCUACCAGUGUAUCACUUCUGAUCAUAUACUGCAGCAAUGUACUGCCAAGGCAUAUAUACUGCUUCUUGUUGGACAGACCUUAAGGAGACUGGACUAACGUGCCAGCAGAAAUUCUGAAUAUUUGAAAUAUUGAAAAUGAUAACGUGAACAUGGCAAAAAUAUACAUUAUAGACAUAAAUGCAUGCAAUACCUUGAAAAUGAUUCAUUCUCAAGUUCUUCAUACUGCAUAUGACAUUUGAAAUUAAAGUUUAAAACUCUGAUUUUAGCUUUCUGACAUUCAGCUUAAUUGCAUUUGUUGUAAAACAAAAAAAGUGCAUUUUGAUGUCAUACUUAUGUGUCACAUCAUUAUUUAUUUUAAUUGAGCUUUUAGCCCUGAUAGCACACGUGCAUUACCCUGAUGUCUGUUUAAUGUGUGUUUACAUCUGGAAGAUUUUUUUUUUUUACGUCUAUAAGACGUUUCCUUUCAGAUGUAAAUAAGACACUCAGCAGAUGUCUUUGAGAUGUUUAUGACUAAGAAUGUUUGUAAAUCUGAUCUUUCUAAGAUGUUUAGCAGAUGUUAAUUAGAUUAUGAUGCUUUCCAGAUGAAAAGAUCUAAAACAGACAUCUCGGAAAUGUAUGUGUGCUAUCUAGGAUAUUGGCAAUGGCAAGUAACACUAGAAUUGUAACUGUACGCAAAUAUUUCAAGAUGAACAGACUCACAAUUAAAUUGUUCCAGUGCUUUAAUGUAUUUUAGACAAAUACGCAUAGCAACAAAUUAAAUCUUCCUGAAAGAUGA